AUGGUAUCAAACAUCGAUAUUUUUCAAGACCUGAUGGCUCUAAAAGAGGAGAGUCAAGAACUGAAUGAAAUGGAAGAGAAUAAUCAUGAUGAGAAAUAUCAUGAUUUAAUGACUGGGGAAAAAUCUCUUAUUUCCUCACAGACCUGUGAAACAGAAACUAGGAACCAGAAAGUCCCGAAGAGAUACACACCUUACUCCUGUCAACAGUGUGGAAAAAGGUUUGCACUAAAAGGAGGUUUUAAAAAUCACUUGAGAGUUCACACUGGAGAGAAGCCUUUCACCUGUCAACAGUGUGGGAGGAGUUUUGCUCUAAAAAGAAAUCUGAAUAGCCACAUGAGAGUUCACACGAGAAAGAGCUUCACCUGCCAACAGUGUGGAAAAGGUUUCAGUAAGAAACAAAACCUUGAAAUCCACUUAAAAAUUCACGCAGGAGAGAAGCCGUUCAACUGCCCUCGGUGUGAGAAGAGCUUUGAACACAAAAAAAACCUGAGUAUCCACAUGAGAACUCACACCGGAGAGAAGCGUUUCACCUGCAAACUGUGUGAGAAGAGCUUCACACGAAACGAAACUUUUAAGGGUCACAUGGCAGUUCACAAGGGAGAGAGUCCCUUUGAGUGUGAUAACUGUGGAAAGAGCUUCAGAUAUAAAAGAAACCUUAAUCAUCACAUGAGGAUUCACUCUGGAGAGAACUGUUUAGAUGUCACUGACAGGAAUCACCGUAACAAUCGAGUACAUCGCUCCGCGGAGAGGCGUCACACAUGCCCUCACUGUGAAAAGAGUUUCAUACAAAGAGCAAAGCUGGAGGAGCACAUCAGAAUACACACUGGAGAGAAGCCGUUCACCUGUCCUCAGUGUGGAAAGAGCUUCACGAUCAAAGGAAACCUUAGGAUUCAUAUCAGAAUACACACUGGAGAGAAACCUUACAAGUGUCCUCAGUGUGGAAAGAGCUUCACCUAUCACACAGACCUGAAACGACAUGUGCAAACUCAUUCUGGAGAGAUACUUCUGAUUCCCAAUGUGUGACAAGAGCUUUAGAAAAAAAAGACAAUAGGAAAUGUUACUCUUUGAGAAUACAGUGUUACUUUCACACACCACAGCUGCAAGCUUCAUCUGAUUUAACUUUUGACUACUUUAUUAUUAUUAUUAGUGUGUCCUUUUCCUAUUUAUUCUUCACCUGACCAUCUUCUUUGCUGUAGUUUCAAAUAUUAAUCAGACACCCUUUAAUAAACACACUGAGAGCCAGGACACUCAGAUCAGACCGACAUGACCUAAAGUAUGUAGAGAGAUCUUCCACUACUCAAUUCUCUCUUAAACAGACACACACUGCUAUAGGAAACACAUCUUUCUAUAACCUUCCUAUCAUCAUAACCCCAGGUCAUGAUGUAUGAUCACUAUCCUCUUGUAUAUGGUCUUGUGUAUUGUAAACUGUUUAAUGUGUGCUUUUGAUAGAACUACUCGUUCAUGUGGUCUUACCUAUGCCAUGUUUAGUAUCUGUGAAUUUGUCUUUUGAUUAACUAUAUGUUGGUAAAUAUGCAACAUAUUAGUGUUCUAAGAAUCUUAAAUGGUUUGUGUAUCAAUACCCAAUCCAGUUACUUAUGCAGAUUACCAUAUUCUGAUACAAAGAGUCGUAAACUUUCCCUCCAGAAGAGCAAGUCACCAUUGGCUCUUUCCCUCUGAGAGCUGUGACCUCCACAGAACUUACCUCACUUCAGCUUUUAGUCUCCUCAUUCAUCUUCUGUUACUAGAUCCCAGAGCCGGCACCACCGCACCUGACUGCCUUCACACACAGUUUUAGCUUCUUUUAGAGUCUGAGAUGAUGAGGAUGUGAGCUAGAACUCUCCUGGAAACCUUAAGUGUGCCAGGCCUUGACUUUCCAUUCAACAAAGCUGCUCUAAUCUCAGUCCUCGAAUCACUAAGCUCUUCUUCACUUCCAACCGGGGAAGAAGCUCCCAAUCACCAUCGAGUCGGGACAUCUUUGGUAUUCAUCACUCUUCAAUUCAGGAAGAACAUCAUCACAAGUCCACAUGUUUUAAACCAUCCGAGACUUUCAUCCGAGACUGCAUCCGCACACUGGUCAAUGACCAAGACAAUGCAAGUUUGUACAUUUAACCAAAUUAAACAGAGGUUUAGUAUAAGUUAUAGACCCCUUUAUAAUAUCAUUAUGCGUUUGUUGAAAAUGAAGCAUUCCCUCUAAGAAACAACGUGAUGAAGCCAUCUGGACCAUGGACAAGGGCAAGGCACAGUACAGCUGAAGUGCGGAUUGCAGAUGCAGAAGACAAGAACCACAGUGUAGUACCCAGGGCUUGGAGAAAAGAUAGAGAACUUCCUUCUGUGCCAGUCAGCAAUGCACAGAAUACCACAACCACUACCAAAAAUACAAUCAAGUCAAGCUGAAGGCAUACUUUCUGUCAUGCUGGAUCUGUUUCCUGGGAGAAAUUGUUUUUUAUUUAAAAAUGGACAUCACUUAAUAAAUGUGUUCAUUUAGAGUGUGUUAAUACCUAA